UAUCUACUCUCUACAUAUUGAUACACCAAUUAUGAUGGCAUCAGAGAAUCCUGGUAAAAUUCAAUUUAUCCACUCGUUGCACCCACGAGAUGCUCUCAAACCGGAUUCCCAGCGGCGAGCUCACGUCCAUGCGGCCCGUGUCUCCCACGCUAGGAGAAGGCACUUUCGUAUCAUAGAAUAUCAAGCGGGCCAGAAUAGUCGGAUAACAGCAAAUGAACAGCAAUCCAAUAAAAAAGGUGACUGUUCGGGGCCUCGGUCUAAGGGGAACUCACCGCCUGGCUUGGAGACGAGCGACGUAGAGAACCUCGUUGCACCCAGUCCCGUCACCCAACUGGCAUCCCAUCGGAUAGAUCCAUUCGCAAGCUCGGCGAGACGUUUCAGUCCAGUAGAGAAUUUUCUUUUUGACUGCUAUGUACAAGCUAUAAUUCCGGAUCAAAGCGUCCACUGCUACUGCCAUACGAGCUGGAAUCCAGAGCAAUUCCGUGACCUCAUGACCAGAGAGUGGGUGCCGCUUGCCAUCGCCAGGCAGGAUACGCUUGACUGUAUAUUCCUCAACGCAUGUCGUCUGUUAUCACUAUACCAUCCACAGGAAUCUGAACAGCAGCAAUAUUACACACAGCUAGCUACCAUGUACAAGUUGUCCUGCAUGCAGGCUCUCAAUAAAUCUAUCUCAGCUGAAAUCUCGAUUUUAAUCAAUGAUGCAACAGUUGCGACAGCAGUAAUGCUUGCGUUCGACGAAGUUCUGCUCGGCGAUAUUGCCAGGUCUAGAUGCCAUGCCCUAGGUAUUCUCCAAAUGGCGAGACACAAUGGUGGGUUCCAAACACUGGGCUUAAGUGGAUUUCUGGCGGGCCUUUUCCACAAGCUUUGGGGGACUGUGCAGGAUACAAGACCAUCUAGUAGUAAUAUUCUCAUUGGAGUAUAGCAUGUUCCAUAAAAACAUUUGUCUUAAG